AUGGCUUUUACUGAAGAAUACGUGUUUCUAUCCUUCAUUGCCUUCCUUUGCUUCCUCCCCCCAUGCAAACUUGCCGAAACCCUCCCCGUCGCCAGUGCCAACACCCUCCCCAUUGCCAGUGCCAACACCCUCCCCGUCGCCAGUGCCAACACCCUCCCCGUCGCCAGUGCCAACACCCUCCCCAUUGCCAGUGCCAACACCCUCCCCGUCGCCAGUGCCAACACCCUCCCCGUCGCCAGUGCCAACGCCCUCCCCGUCGCCAGUGCCAACACCCUCCCCGUCGCCAGUGCCAACACCCUCCCCAUCGCCAGUGCCAACACCCUCCCCAUCGCCAGUGCCAACACCCUCCCCGUCGCCAGUGCCAACACCCUCCCCAUCGCCAGUGCCAAACCCCUCUCCACCUCCUCCAACGUCAUCUCCCAGUGA